GCUACCGAACAAGCAGCAACAGCUAGCGGCUAUCUCCGUCGGCGGACGCGGCGCAUUAACAUGCAAAAGUUUAGAAACACGGGUUCCUGCUGCUGAAUAGAGACUAUAGCGACGCAGGGCGAAUCCUGAGACGGCUGUCGAAACCAUGGGUCAUAGCUGGCGGUUGUAACAGCUAGUUAUUUGCGUUAUUUGAAGCUUCAAAUGUGUGAAAAGUCGCUCGGUCUCACCUCGUCGUUGAACAAGAUGGCAGCAGCGGCAUCGUCGUUGCAGGAUUUGACUGUGGUGCGGGUCCUCGUCGCUAUUCUGUUCCUUGACGCUCUGGGUGAUGCGAUUUAUAGGUCUUACUGAAGGUAUGGCCUCACAAGUCUUGGUCUACCCAACACACCUGCACUCAGCUCAAACAAGUGCCUUAGGAAUUAGCAGCAGUGGUACCAGCAGACACAAAGACGAAGCUCGCCACGGUCAUAACACCAGCAGAGCCUUUCAGCACCGACCCACGCCCAAGAGCUAUGUGAUCGGCGUCAACUACGGUAUCGCCUACCCCAACAACGUGAUCCCAUCCUCAGCCGGUGCUGAUCCAGGAAGUCGCCCCGGGGGACUACAGCUUGGCGAGAGGGAGGAGUGUGCAUCGCAGGCCGUGGGAUUACAGAGAGAGGAGAGCUGGGAGAGACGAGGAGAAGGCCCGGCUAGGAUCCAGAGCGGAGGCCCAAAGGAAGUGAGGCUUCGCAGAGACAGUGGUAGAACUCUGUCAGGAGGAAGCUUGGACUGCGGGCUACUGAGGAAGGCCUGCAACCGAGCAGAGGAGGAGGGCAGAAACGGAAGAGCGCAAGCGAGAGGGGGAUACGGCAGCCUAGAAACAGGUGCCCCCCAGAGAUGUGAACAGAAGGCAGGCGAAGGUGGAGAGAAUCCGCAGGAGAACAGCUUCGCAGGAACCAUGCAGAUAGUGGAGGAGGUAUCUGCUAUACCUUCACUUCCUCCCGCUGUGGCCAUGUUGCAAACCAGCACCGGUAACAAUGCAGACACUGUCAGAGUAGUGGGUGGAGGGACACUGUCUACUCAACACGGCAGGGCUGAGGCAGUGACCGGCAUGGGAAUUAGCGCGGAAGGGACCGAAAUCAGGCUUAACGGCAGCAUGGAGGCAGCGGCAGGAGCUACGGUGACCAGAACCGGAUCGGGAGACGGUGACUACCAGCUAGUUCAGCACGAGGUUCUGUGCUCCCUGAAGAACAGCUACGAAGUCUUGGAGUUCCUGGGCCGUGGCACCUUUGGUCAGGUGGUGAAGUGCUGGAAGAGGGGAACAGGGGAAGUGGUGGCGGUCAAGAUACUGAAGAACCACCCAUCCUAUGCACGUCAGGGACAGAUUGAGGUGGAUAUCCUGGCCCGGUUGAGCAGCGAAAAUGCAGAAGAGCACAAUGUGGUGCGCGCCCUGGAGUGCUUUCAGCACCACAGCCACACCUGCUUGGUGUUUGAGAUGCUGGAGCAAAACCUCUACGACUUCCUGAAACAGAACAAGUUCAGUCCGCUGCCGCUCAAAAUCAUCCGGCCCGUUCUGCAGCAGGUGACAACAGCCUUAAAGAAGCUCAAGUGUCUGGGUUUGAUCCAUGCUGACCUGAAGCCAGAGAACAUCAUGCUGGUGGACCCCUCCAGGCAGCCCUACAGAGUCAAGGUCAUCGACUUCGGCUCAGCCAGCCACGUCUCCAAGGCUGUCUGCUCCACUUACCUGCAGUCCAGAUACUACAGGGCUCCAGAGAUUAUUUUGGGCCUUCCAUUUUGCGAGGCCAUAGACAUGUGGUCACUGGGCUGUGUGAUAGCCGAGCUCUUCUUGGGCUGGCCCCUCUACCCUGGAGCGCUGGAGUACGACCAGAUCCGGUACAUCUCCCAGACUCAGGGCUUUCCGGCGGAGCAGCUGCUCAACAAGGGGACCAAGACCUCUCGCUUCUUCUCCAAAGAGUCCAACUCUCCCUACGCCUCCUGGAGACUAAAAACAACAGAAGAGCACGAGAAAGAGACGGGACUGAAAUCCAAAGAGGCCAGAAAGUACAUCUUCAGCUGUGUGGAUGACAUCGCACACGUGAACGUGGUGCUGAGCCCCGAUGGCAGCGACAUGCACGCGGAGAAGGCCGACAGGAGGGAGUUUGUGUCCCUGCUGAAGAGCAUGCUGCUGAUCGACGCCGAGGACAGGACCGUUCCCACCAGCGUCCUCAAUCACCCCUUCCUCACAAUGACCCACCUGCUGGACUACCCACACAGCAACCAUGUGCAGUCAGCGUUCCGCAUCAUGGACAUGUGCCACAGUCGGCCCGCCAACGCGGUUUAUGACGCUCUGAAUGAGAACACCAUUCACUUCUCAAGGCCCCCUGUAGCCCCUGCUGCCCCCUCUGGCCUCCCUCUAGGCUACAGCAACAUGCCGGUCCACACUCAGGCUAUCAACCAUCCGGGCCCCUCAGUGUUGCAUCCUGGGAUAGCUCUGACAGCUGGGAAUGGUCAGUUUGGGUGCACUGACUCCUUCCCACCGGCCCUCCUUCUUUGUCCUCCCGCCAUGCAAGGUAACCUUAACCAGCCAGCAGGGUAUUCUGUUCCCAUGGUAACUCAGGCUCCCAUACAGCCCUUACCAGUGAGACCUGGUGUCAUUGCUCAGCAGGCCUGGUCCAGCCGGGGGCAGCAGCUCCUCAUCCCAGCAGCCUGGCAGCAGAUGACUACCGUGGGUCCUCCUCCCUCUCACCCCCCUCCACCACCCCCGUCCUCCCUCACCAACGACGCCGCAGCCGGCCAGAGGAUCAGCGACUGGGGCCACUACACCUCAGUCAUGCAACAGCCCCUCCUGACCAAUCAAAUGCCAGCCCUCUCUGCCCAUCAGUCAAUCAACAUCGGCAUAGCUCAUGUUGUGUGGCCCCAGCCAGCCAAUAAAAGGAACAGACACGGUCUGAACAGGAACCUGUCCCACCCCAGCAACAUCCAUAUAUCAGCCAAUAUGGCCAACGUUGUUGGACAGGCGGUGGUGCGCAGAGAGCAGCCUCGGAGGGAGGUGCCCCCGGUGGGGACCGGGCAUCCGGCAGUUCGACACCCAGACGACAAGGAAAACCACGCAGAGGAGGAAGUGAGCUGCUUAAAAGGGGCGGCGCCAAAUGCCAACAGCCAGCUGGACCUGUCCAGUCGGCAACAGCGAGAGGUGGCGGUCCUGAUGGUGGACACGCCGAGCCCCGCUCCCAGUGUGAUCAGCAUCCAACUGACCGAUGAAGAGGACGAAGACCCCCAGAGGUGCCGCCUGACCGGGUGUAAAGAGGAGUGUGUGUGCGAGGCGUGCGGAAACACCAGCGUGUCCAUGGAGAGAGUGUGUUCCCUCAGCAGCCCCGACAGCAGCCUCAGCACCAGCACCAGCUCCUUCGCCUCCAACUCACUUCAGUCCAGCCCCUCCCUCUCACCGUGCAAGAGACCCAACAGCAUGUCGGAGGACGACGGCCACGAGAGCGGCCGCAACACCGUGGAAGGCUCCCCGGCGUCCGACACGUCAACCUCCCCGCGUGGCAACAGCCCCUACCGUUACCUCAACAACGGCAACCGCAACAACCGGCCGCCCUUGGCUGCCAUGGUGGCGCCGCUGCCUCCCCCUGCGGUGCAGGGCCGGAGCCCCCGCGGUGUCAGGACGAUGGUGGUUCCACCGAUGAGAGUGCAGCACAACAGUCACGGGGCGGAGGAGCGCUUUCAGAGGACAGUCUCAGAGUCCUGGUCCAGGUCCAAAGGGCGCUGCAGCCUCGUAGGACAACAGAGUACUCCCUCCUCCUUCCCCCUCCUCCCAUCCAACCCCCUCCUGUCCCGGCAGCAGCAAGUUACCGGCCAGCAGCAGCACCCUCUGGGCUUUGGACAGGUGCAGCUGUACGGUUCGAACCACAAAGAGUGGAACGGCAACUAUGGGCCUCUGCGGCCGCACGCCUACAUCCCCCCCACGGUCCACACGCAUACCUUCACCCACCUGCCGCACAGCAGCCCCACGCACACCUCGGCCGCCCCGCACACGCACCCCCAGGGCCUGCCCACGCACGCUCUGCUGCAGUACCCCCCCGGCGGCCCGCUCGCUGCCGCCGCACACCACCUCCACCCCAUCCUGCCCUCCCGCCCGCCUCCCCCCACUCUCCUCCAGCACAGCUACGGUCUCUCCCACCCCCAGGGUGGCGCCAUAGUGCACCAGGUGACCCUGGGCAUCAGCGCCCACCACCCGGGGCACCCGGCUCCGCACCGGCUCCUCCCCUCCCCGACCGUCCACCCGCACCGCCAGCCCGGCUACGGCCACUACCCCCACCAGUUCAAGCCUCCUUUCCCGCCCCCUCACCCUUACAUGGCCUCCCCGGCCGCCUUCACCGGCUUCCCCCUGAGCCCGACCAAGCUCAGCCACCACCCGCAGUUCUCCUAUAUCUGAGGAGCAGGACGGGGCCGUAGCAGUACCUUCUGGUGAGGAAGGGCAACGGCAAGUGGACCGGGGCUGCGACCUGGGCAGGUAGAGCGGGCAGCAGAGCACAAUACGGACACUUUUGACGAGGAAGAGGAAGACGCUGUCAUAACGAGAGAUGUAUCAAAGUGGAUCGAGAAAGAAAAAAACAAGUUAAUGUUUUGUGGUGUUUUCGAGGACACAUUGAUUCAGAUUGCCAGAGCAACUGAAAGACUUCCGGCAAAAAUCAUGUACGGAGAAUACGGCGAUGUAUUUGAAAACGGCGACGCUGCACAAGAGAGCGGAUGACUUCACGAAGUACGAUGAAGAGGACGUUGUAAUUGAGAAUGUGUCUCUCUUGUCGCUUGAGUAGCGCUCAGAGAAUAUGAUCUAAUUAGAGGGCGGGGAAAUUGUUCAUUGCCGCUGUUGCUGUCUGGGCACUCAGCCCCCCCACCCCUUUAUCUUUGUUGCCUUGUAGCAUUUGUGCUAGCCGGUCUGAUCUGUGUGUUAAGCCAUCCCAGUGCGUAUUAACCAGGAUGGAACGCUCCGUCUUUGUUUGAGGCAGACCUCGCUGCUGCUGUCGCCCUAGUGCCUUAAAAAACGUCUCUGACGUUACUUCAGGAGCUUAUAGUUUGUACAUUUAAAAAAUGAAUAAAAAAUGGGCUUGCAGCACUUAACCCUCAGACUCUGAACGUGACGGGCUCAUUGGAUAUAUAACGCUUGCGGUCAUGUGUUAAUAUGGGAAAACGGCUUGAGUUUGCUUCCUAACUCAGAGUAUGGAUUUAUUUUAGCUAGAGGCUGCACAUUUAGGGCUUUGACUGAAUGAGCUUUUUAUGUACAUAAAGAGUGAUUUGAUAUUUUGAUAAUCGAUUUCUAUUCACUAUAGUACUUAAAUUCAUAACAGUAUUGUCACUGUUUACUGUAACUGCAAUACAAUCUAGAUGGCCUCUGGGUUGCCGUGUAUUUUUAAAUAUUUCUUGGCAUUUAGGCUAGACUUGCGUCGAUGCAUUUUAGUUUUUUGGGAGCGGCGUAAGACGUAAACGCGAUUGUGGUGUGUGUGUGUGUGUACUUUUAAAUGCUUCUCAGUGUUUGAGAUAACCUAUCAACUUACAGUAUCUUUGCCGGGCUAUUGAGCGUUAGAGGUGUUAUUGCUAAUUGUUUCAAAUAUCUGUGGAAACGAACCUUUUUGUCCAUGUAUUGAAGUCAGUUUUGAUACAUUCCUUCAGGGUGGAUGCAUAGCCUUGUUUUUUGUGUGUGUGUGCGUGUUUAUGAUUUCCAGUGUGUAGUAGAGCUGCGUCUUUACCCGUCACAUCAGCUGGUAUUUUUGUUUUCCUCAAAUCAGCACCAAAGACUGUUCGUUAAUCAUUUCUGAAGUGUGGUCGAGACUAUUUCUCCUUUGACCUCCAGCGUACUGUUGCUGUUAUCGACAUUGGAAUAUAUUGUGCUGUCUCUAUUUAACAAAAAACAAAAAAAUUUGAAAGGUUUUGUUUUUCUGAGCUGUUUUUUUUGGCAAAUUGUAUUUGGAAUGUAUAGAUAAUAAGCUGCUAUGUACUGAUUAUCUGCCACUUCGUAGCUGUGAAUUUCGAGGAGUAAUCUCAUUCUAGCCUGCGUUUCCUCUCUUUUGUAUUGUAGUUCCAGAUACAAUAGAAGUGUGCGUUUUUUUUUUGUUUUUUUUUUUUCUUAUAUAGUAUAUUGAAUGCUAUUCCUAUAUGCUAGUGCCUCUGUAUAUUGGCUGUGCUGUUUUUGAAGUGUAAACUGCUGUAAUGGAAGUUCUGAGUUUUCUUUUUUUUAAUUCUCUGUGUGUGUGUGUGUGUGUGUGUGUGUGUAUGUGUGUGUGUGUGUGCUUAGCAUCAGUAUUUCAAACGUAGGCUUUGGGUUCACCGAUGGAUUCUGUAACCGGUGUGUGUGUGUGUGUGUGUGUUCUCACUUUCUCCCGAUGACACAGCUUUUAUGUCCAGUUGGUUGGACUGUAUUUGCAACUCUUCGUACUGUACAACUAGUGCCUUUCUCCAAACAAGUGGCCGGCAGAUGACGCCCACGUGCCGUAAAGUAGUUCCUCCAGAGGGGAUCGGCUCCUAUUUUUCACGUCACAAAAGAAAAACCCAAAGUUGUUUGUUUGUUAGACUUGAGAAUAGGUCUGGAACCAUCUGUUUUUUUUUUGGGUUUUUUUUACAGAAUCCUAAGAAAGUACAAGUCAGGGAAUGUUAUCUUGCGCUCACCACGACCUCUGUGCAGUACUGAAAAAAAACAAAACACCGGGCCUGAAUAUACGCAAAUGCAAAGCUUUAUUCUCACACCGUGAACAUUUUUGUGGAACUCGAGACAUCUGUUUUUUUUUUUGUUUUUGUUCGCAAAUGCGUUACUUGUUGCAUUUGUGCUGGCUACACAGCUGUUCUCUCUCUGCUCCUGGGAUUGGGACGUUGACGGUUUCUUGUAAGCAGCUAUUAUACCAUAGGUAGACAUCGUGUGUUUUAGUUCGGGGGUUCUUUAACAAGAUCCUCAAACAACUUUGACCCAACAAUCGUUGGUUUUAUGAAAUAGCAAAAACAUUUCGGGAUAAUGAAAGAUAACUAUGAUGUAAUUAUAACGCGAAAAAGGAUCUUGUAAAAAAAAAAAAAAGAGAAAAGCUUCUCGAGCUAUUUUUUUUGUGUCAUGGCGCUACUCUACUUAACGUAUUACAUUAUAAUGGUUUUGAUAUGUAGCUUAAGCAAUGGGUGUAUCUUGUGUACUCGUCUAAUAUGCUACCGUUUUGACGACGCUUGGACGAGAGGACGCACUGUUCAGCUUGCAGAACCGCCUAGAAUUAUAACUAGUAAUUUGUACUUCAAGGAAAAUGUUUAUUUUUGUUUUAUUUUCAUUUUAAAAUUGUAACCAUGUUGUUUGCAGCCUGUUGUUGAUUCCCUGAUGGCUCUUCUUUCAGCUCAGCGAUGAGAUGUCCCACGCCGUAAUCCCCCUUUGCUUUAGGUCGAUUGCUUAUCGACCUACAGCGAUUUAAAAACCUCGGAUUAACCCCGACGACCCCACCAGAGGGUCACACAGUCCCGGAUCUAAAUCUCAACCAGCAGCCUUAAGUUACAAAGCAGGCCUUAGGACUUCUAAAACAUAUAGGGAUUUUCUUUUAUUUGGAUAUGGCAAUAAACAAGGAAAUAUUUCAGAUUGAUUAAAAAAAGGCUUGCUUCUACUGGGCCCUCAUGUGACAAAACUACCGACUCAACACGCGUGGGUCUGGACAUCUGAUUUGAGUGCUGGGCUGAGGAAUAACUUGUGCGAAAUUUUGACUCCUAAGAGACGCUCUAGGUAGAUUGUUGUACCACAACGAUCUAAUUAUCAGGUUGACAAUUAUUGUAUUUAGUCACAAAUAUGUAGACACGGUUGCUAAAUUGAAAACUGUUACUGUUCUAAGUAUGCGUAGAUCUGUGUGGCUUUAUGAUUUUAAUUUGAUUGUUUUUAUUUUUCAUUCUUAAAUGCUACACUAGUUUGACAUGUAGCAAACUGCACUGUGCAAUAUACAACAAUAUGAGGACUGGGAAAAUGAUUAUUGUUUGGAUGUGAUAAUGUGUGUCUUCCCAGUUAGCGGUAGUUUUCUUUCCCCUCUAGUUCUCAGUGAGUUUCAAUGUGACUAAGCCUUAUGUACCUUGUCACAAAAAGCGGGUUCCUUCUUGGUGACUCUUAUUGGUGAGUGUCAAAUUAUGAAUUGAUGGUGUACCAUGUCAAGAUUCACUUUGAAUUAAAGAAAAAAAAAAAAAAA